AUGACUGAAACAAUCCUUAAAGCAACAACCCUUGACUAUUAUGAAGGCAUUUCCUUUGGCUGUGACCAGAAGGAUGUCUUAGAUUUUGGGAUUAUCUUCUUACCUACUCUUUACUCCCUUGUUUUCGCCUUUGGCCUGGUAGGCAACCUGCUGGUCAUCCUUGCCCUCACAAACAGCAGCAAACAUAAAAGCAUCACGGACAUUUAUCUCCUCAACCUGGCCUUAUCUGACCUUCUCUUUGUCACAACUCUUCCCUUUUGGACCCACUAUCUGCUACAUGAGGAAGGCUUCAACAAUGCCUUAUGCAAGCUCAUCACUGCCUUCUACUUCAUCGGUUACUAUAGUGGCAUCUUCUUUAUUACUAUCAUAAGCAUUGACAGAUAUGUGGCGAUAGUCCUGGCGGCCAAUUCCCUCAAUAGCAGGACAGUCCAACAUGGUGUCGUAGUCAGUCUUAGUGUCUGGGCAGCAGCCAUCCUUGUUGCAGCCCCCCAGUUCAUGUUCACUGAAAAAGUAGACAAAGAAUGUCUGAGCAAUCAUCCUGAUGAUCUCCAGCAUAUCUGGCCGAAGCUCAAGAAUGUGGAAAUGAAUUUCCUUGGCUUUGUGGUCCCACUUCUCAUCAUGUGCUUCUGUUACUUUGGGAUCAUCAGGACAAUAUUUGCUUGCAAAAACCACAGAAAGACAAGGACCAUCAAGCUGAUAUUGGUGGUAGUAGUUGUCUUUUUCCUCUUCUGGACACCUUACAAUGUAAUGAUCUUCCUGGACACUCUAAAGCUCUAUGGCCUCUUUGAUAGUUGUGAGCUGAAAAAGGACCUGAGGCUUGCCAUGAAUGUGACAGAAACAAUUGCCUUCAUCCACUGCUGCCUCAAUCCCUUUAUCUAUGCUUUUGCUGGUGAAAAAUUCAGGAAAUACCUUCACCACCUGUACAGGAAAUGUCUGUCCAUCCUGUGUGGCCAUGAUGUCCACUCUCAGUUCCUCCCACCUGUUGCUCACAAGCGAGAAAGUACUUUCAUAAGCAGCAGCAUUACUAACUAUACAAGUGAUGGAGAUGGUUCUAUCCUUCUCUGA